AUGGAGCUCCCGGCGCUGCUCGCGGCCCGCGGGGCUCAGGGCGGCGGCGCCGGCGGCCCGGGCAGCGGCGGCCGCGGCCCCGGCGCCCCCGACCCGCGGGCCGGCGCGGCCCCCCGCCGCCUGCUGCUGCUGCGGGGCCCGGGCGCCGGCGCGCGGCGGCCGGAGGCGCGGGCCCCGCGGGGCGGCCCCAGCCCGCUGGCGCCCAGGCCCGGGCCGGCGGGCGGCGAGGACGUCUUCCUGGUGCUGCUGGAGCCGCUGGGCGGCCCGGCCGCGGGGCCCGCGGGGCGGCCGCGGGCCGGGCCCCGGGGGGGCGGCGGGCUGCGCGGCGGCGGCGGCGGCGGCGGCGGCGGCGGCGCGAGCCCCGCGCCCGGGCCCCGCGGCCUGGCGGCGCUGCCCGCCGCGCUGCCCGGCCCGGCCGCGGCCCCGGCCCCGCUGCCCGCGCCCGGCCUGCCCGCCGCGGCCUUCGCGGGCGCCGUGACCCUGCACAGCCCGGGGCUGCUGCUGCGCUUCGAGAACGGCCUGCUCACCCUGGCCGCGCCCCCGGGCCCGCCGCCCGCCUGGGCCCCGGGGGCCGCGCCCGCCGCGCCGCCCGCCAACCCCGGCCCCGGCGCGCCCCAGGCCGGCGCCCCGCACGCCGCGCAGCCCCCGGACUGCCCCGACCGGCCGCCCGACCUGCUGCUGGCCGAGCCCGCCGAGCCGCCCGCGCCGCCGCCCGCGCCCGCGCCCGCGCCCGCCGCCCGCGAGGAGCCCGAGCCCGAGGCCCCGGCCCCGGGCCCCGCCGCGCCCGGGCCCUGCGCGCCGCCCCCGCCCCCCGCCACGGCCCCCGCCACGGCCCCCGCCCCCGGCCCCGGCCCCGGCCCCGGCCCCGGCCCCGGCCCCGGCCCCGGCCCCGCGGGGCUGCUGCUCUACCUGUGCCCCGAGGCGCAGUGCGGCCAGACCUUCGCCAAGAAGCACCAGCUCAAGGUGCACCUGCUGACGCACGGCGGCCGCCAGGCCCAGCGCCCCUUCAAGUGCCCGCUGGGCGGCUGCGGCUGGACCUUCACCACGUCCUACAAGCUCAAGCGGCACCUGCAGUCGCACGACAAGCUGCGGCCCUUCGGCUGCCCGGCGCCCGGCUGCGGCAAGAGCUUCACCACCGUGUACAACCUCAAGGCGCACAUGCGGGGCCACGAGCAGGAGAGCUCCUUCCGCUGCGACGUGUGCGAGGACCGCUUCCCCACGCAGGCCAAGCUCAGCGCGCACCAGCGCAGCCACUUCGAGCCCGAGCGGCCCUACCAGUGCGCCUUCUCGGGCUGCAAGAAGACCUUCAUCACGGUGAGCGCCCUCUUCUCGCACAACCGCGCCCACUUCCGCGAGCAGGAGCUCUUCUCCUGCUCCUUCCCGGGCUGCAGCAAGCAGUACGACAAGGCCUGCCGCCUCAAGAUCCACCUGCGCAGCCACACGGGCGAGCGGCCCUUCCUCUGCGACUUCGACGGCUGCGGCUGGACCUUCACCAGCAUGUCCAAGCUGCUGCGCCACAAGCGCAAGCACGACGACGACCGCCGCUUCCUGUGCCCCGUGCAGGGCUGCGGCAAGUCCUUCACGCGCGCCGAGCACCUCAAGGGCCACAGCAUCACGCACCUGGGCACCAAGCCCUUCGUGUGCCCGGCCGAGGGCUGCGCCGCCCGCUUCUCCGCGCGCAGCAGCCUCUACAUCCACUCCAAGAAGCACCUGCAGGACGGGGCCGCCUGGAAGAGCCGCUGCCCCGUGGCCGCCUGCAGCAAGCUCUUCACCUCCAAGCACAGCAUGAAGACGCACCUGGCCAAGCGCCACCGCCUGGGCCCCGACCUGCUGGCCCAGCUGGAGGCCGCCAGCGCCCUCACGCCCAGCAGCGAGCUGGCCAGCCAGGCGCACGGCGACCUCAGCGACGCCGAGCUGGUGGCCCUCUUCUCCGCCGACGGGCCCGGCGGCGGCGGCGGCGGCGCCGGGCAGCCCGGGGCGGCCGCGGUGCUGGACACGGCCCUGGUCAACUCGGGCAUCCUCACCAUCGACGUGGCCUCCGUGAGCCCCACGCUGGCCGGGGGCCUGCCCGCCGCCGCCCCCGCCGCCGCCGCCCCCGCCGCCGCCGCCGCGGGCGGUCCCGGCGGCGCCUCCCUCGGGCAGCCCGUGGACCCCCGCGCCCUGCUGGCCACCAGCGACCUGCCCCAGAGCCUGGACACCUCUCUGUUCUUCGGGACGACGGCCACCGGCUUCCAGCAGAGCCCCCUGGACGUGGACGACGGGGCCGGCGCGGGCGCGGGGGGGCCCCUGGGCUCGCUGGGCUCCCUGGCGCUCAAGACCUGCAGCCAGGAGCCGCAGGCGCUGACCCCCAGCAGCAAGCUGACCGCCGACGCGGACGCGCUCACGCCGUCCAGCACCCUCUGCGAGAGCAGCGUGUCCGAGCUGCUGGCGCCCAGCAAGGCCGACUGGGCCGUGCACCCCGACCCGGACUUCUUCGCGCAGGACGACGAGGACGACAGCCAGUUCGGCUUCCCGCACCCCGCGGGGAGCCACGGCUGCCCCAAAGACACGGACCUCAUGGCGGUGGCUGGCGCCUCCUUCUUGGUAUGA